GCAGACUCUUCAGAGAGAAUUAGCCGAUUCUAUCAUACGGUGCGCUCCUCUCGACGACAUACGAAUACUACUGGCCUGCGGGGCAAAAGUCAAUGAACCCGUCACUCAGGGGCUCAGACCAUUGCAUUACGCAACGUAUCAGAAGUAUUCCGAAGCCGUCAAUCUUCUUCUCGUUCGAGGCAGUGAUGUGGACGCCAUGGAUGAGGUCGGAUACACAGCUCUGCAUUUGUGCGCUGAGAGGGGGUAUUCAGAUCUGAUGAAAAUGCUUUUGGAUCGCAGCUGUCGAGUGAAGUUCACAGAACUACAGCCCGACGAUA